CUCUUCACAUGGACUUUUUGACUUAUCUGUGGGGUGGCUCUCCCAAGCUGAGGUUUGCAGAAGAUGGAGCUUUGUACUUAAUGUCUCUCCCAAACUGAGGUUUUCAGAAAAGGUCCCCUGCGUACUUUUUUACUGAAUUGUUUUUGAAUUGCGAAUUUCCCUUUUUAUUUUCUUUCUUUUUUUUUUUUCAAAGAGGCAGCGAUUCCAUCCUCUCAAGAGCUUCAUCUAGACCUUGUCUAGAAUACUCUCCUCUUCACCUGCCUAUUGAACACCUGGGUUUGCUCAGUUUUGGAUGUGCGCACCUCUUUUCUCCAGAUAUCCAUCAGAGUUCUCCUGAAAUUCUACGCUUUGGAAGUACUGCUACGCUUGUCUACAUAGCACCUGUGUCUACUUUGUUUUAUUUUUUGGUGGAUGUGUAUACCUUUUUCCUUUUAACUGUUCUUCCACCAAAAAAACAAACACUGGCGUAUCAGCACCAUGCAGUACCGGACGCUGGUGAUGUACAUGGAGAUCGGCUGCUUUGUGGCGUGCCUCUGUGGAUGGAUCCUGGUCUGCUCUACACUGCCCACUGAGUACUGGACCUUCUCCGAGGUGGGCAGCAUUGUGCUCACCACAUCCAACUACUACUCCAACCUGUGGAUGGACUGCAUCUCCGACACCACCGGCGUCUCCGACUGCAAGUACUACCCCUCGCUGCUGGCUCUUCCAGUCUUCCUCCAUGUGUGCCGUGCUCUGGCCAUUGUGUCGGUGAUCCUGGGCUUCUGGGCGGCCGUUUUGGCCUUCAUUGGCAUGAAGUGCACAAAGAUCGGGGGCUCUGAGCUGGCCAACGCCAGGGUCACGUUCGCAGCAAGCGUCACCUACCUCGCUUCUGGUUUUUCAGGGCUGAUAGUUUACUCCUGGUGGGGGGACAAGGUGCGCUCCGAGUUUGUUGACCCGAAUUUCAGAGCACAAAAGUUUGAGUUAGGUGCUGCAGUGUUCAUUGGAUGGGGAGGAACAUGCGUCAUCAUCGCAGCUGCUUCUGUCAUGGCUUACUUCUCGGGACGAGAGGUCUUUUACAGAAAUGGCGGGAAGAAGCGCAAACCAAGAUCCUACGCCACAGCGCGGACCAGGACGUACAUGAUCCCGGGGUCUUCCGGGCGACCCCGCAUACUGGCACCGUCUUCAAGACGGACCCCCGGACUCACACCCAUGCCCCCCCUCUUCUCCAGCAGAUACAGCCUCCCCAGCCAGAAAACACGCAGUGUCAGGACUGUCCCGCCUCCCACUAUGGACUCCUUUGUAUGACAUGUCUCAGUGAAGAUCCUCAUGAUACAU